AUGAGCAUGUCAACCAGCCAUACCACGCAGUCCAAGGGAGCACUCAACGUGGGAACAAGCCUAGUUGGCCAAACUGGUGUACUCUACUACAUCGAUCGAGUUCUUCACCACAGGACGGAACCGGACUUGUCAUGUGUCUAUCGAGCUAUAACCCAGGAUGGAAAGAAGCAUGUCAUUAAAAACAUAUCUUCCACUGAAUUCGAAUAUCAGUGGGGCCUACAGGCGCCUCUUGCAAGCUGCCUUAACCUAAGAGUAGCAAAGGAUACUGUUCCUGAGCACCUAUUGUUUAUAUAUGACUUCCUUACCGAAGAUCUACUCGGCCUAUCUAGGAAUGGCAGUCUUUCUUAUCCAGCUAGAAAGAGAAUCCUGCGGGAUUCGUUAACUGGACUUGCUGCUCUACAUGAACGGGGCAUUUUGCACGGUGAUAUUAAGCCAAACAACAUAUUUGUCGACUGUGACCUCGUUGAUGGCACAAUCAAAAUAGAGAGAACUCAAAUUGGAGACCUGGAGAUGGGUUCCAUGAUUCCCCCUGGCCUGAAUGUUCGUGGUGCCCGGCUUGGAAAUCCCAUGUGGCGAAGCCCGGAGUCCCACGCUGCUGCCCGUAUCAACACCCCAUCUGACAUCUUCUCCUUUGGCCUUGUUUGCAUAUAUACCAUGCUUCACAAGAAUAUUUUCUAUAUCAAUGAAAGGGAUGUAGAUGUUUAUGAAAAGGAUCGGAUUAUAGCCAAGCGGUUACUCUCUCAUUUCGGGGAUGGCCCUGGUCUGAUUGGGUUCCUACAACAUCUGGAAGAUGAUUCUGCUGAGUGGAGAGAUAUUGUUGUUGCUGUUGCUGAUGAGUUUACUCCGGAGGACCCGCGAAAGCCAUUUUCGAUGUGGGAGGAUGUUGACGAGCCCUUUCGGGAUGUUGUCACUAAGAUGACAAGUCUGGAUCCUGCGAGAAGGAUAACCGCAAAGGAUGCUCUUGAGCAUCCCUGGUUCCAUAAUAUUGCUCUUCUCCUUUCGUCUGAUCUUGUUGAUAUAGAUAUAUACAGGAAGCUGAUUAAUAAUCAAGAGAGUUUGACUUUUAUAUCGUUCACGAUGGGACCACCGGCAAUUAUCGCUCCAUCAAUUCUCUCUGCCGACUUUGGCUCUCUCGGUGCAGCAUGCUCCGGGUUGAUGGACAAUGACAGCGACUGGAUCCACGUUGAUAUCAUGGACGGUCAUUUCGUGCCGAACAUCACCUUCGGACCUCCGGUUGUCUCAAAGAUAAGAACUCAUGUCCAAAGGCCGGCCUGUGCAGGUGGAAAAGGGACAUUUGAUUGCCAUAUGAUGAUUGCUGAGCCUCAAAAAUGGGUUAAAGAAUUUAAAGACGCCGGGUGUGACCUGUACUGCUUCCAUUACGAGGCGGCUGUCAAGUCCAAUGCUGCCAAGGAGCCUUCGGAUAACACAACGACCGAAAAAACAAGCCCAAAGGAGCUAAUUCGUUAUAUACAUGAACUAGGCAUGCAGGCAGGCAUUGCCAUUAAACCAGAGACCAGUGUAGAUGUGCUCUGGGAUAUAUUAGAAAACAAGGAGGCAAUUGAACGACCAGAUAUGGUACUGGUUAUGACAGUUAACCCAGGCUUCGGCGGCCAAAAGUUCAUGGCUUCCGAGUUACCCAAGGUCCAGGCCUUGAGAGCCAAAUACCCCGACAUGAACAUCGAGGUCGAUGGUGGACUGGGCGUUGGAACCAUAGACCAGGCGGCUGAUGCGGGUGCUAAUGUCAUCGUCGCGGGAUCCGCCGUUUUUGGAGCCCAGAACCCCGCUGAAGUUAUUGCAAAACUUCGAGAGGCAGUUGAAAAGCGAAGACGAUCUUAG